GAAAAUGGAAGAUUUCAAAAAUCAACAACAACAAGAAACAACAAAAAUUGAACAAAAACUACAAAAUGGACCUUUCUUUACUGAAAAAAUGGAAAAUAAAAAUUUAUUUGCUACGGAUUUAUUUCCCCACAAUCCUCGUGGGUGGGAAGAAACUUCUAAAUUUUUAAAAUCAAUUAUUGAAUUACUUUUGGGGUAUAUUAAAGAAGAAAAUGAUAGAUCUACUAAAGGUAAAUUAAAUAAAAUAAAUGUUUUUCAAAAUUGAGAAACAAAGGUAUUACUCCGUUAUCCCUACGUUUGCGGAAUUUUUUGAAGACUUUUUUUCUAUGCCACAGGGAAAUAGACUGAAAUUCAGGAGGGAAGGAAAUAGACGCAAAAAAGUCCGCAAAAAGACGGGAUAACGGAAUAGUACUUAAAUAAAUUAAUCUUGUAUCU